CUUUUCAGCGGAACACCAACACCAAAUUUUCAGCAUAGUAACAAUAAUAUAAGUAGUACACAAUAGCAACAUCAACGAAAACACAAAACAAAAACAACAAAAGCGAAAGCAGCAGCAAAAUUUUAGUUUAGAUUCAUCAAUUGGGUCGAAAAAUCGAAAAAGCCUACCCUUGAUAAUGGAAUCUCGAGUUCACAGCAUACUUUGAACGGAAUUUAAAGCAAGGAAAGAACGGUAAAAUUUAGGAGUUGGGAGUAAUUUUGAUUUUCAAAAAUAUCAAGUGAAAAUCUAAUCAGUUUCUAUUUACCCCUUUUUAACUUUUUAAUUCUGACACCCAAAUUUUUCCUAUUUGUAAUUUGACCCUUAUAUAAUUCCCCUGGCUCCAAUCACUGUGACACUCAACGCCAACUUCUUGUUAAGGUACGAUGUCUAAUUCCGGCGAACAUUUCCACGGAGGGGAUGAUCCAAUGUCCAUGGUGAAUUCCAUGGCUCUAAUUCUAAAGGAGUUAGCGGGAUUGAAGGCGGAAGUAGGUGGAAUGAAGGAGCAAGUAGGUAGUUUGGAGUUUAGAGUGGGGCAAGUGGAGCAUGCGAGUCGAGUGGGCACUCCCCAAUCUAAAGGUGGUAACAAAACGAGUAAGAACCCGGGAACAUCUCCGACUCUUAGUCCGGGAUAAGUGCAUACGAAGUGCCUUCCCACCCUCACCCCUUCACCUACCCAAAAGACACCACACCACCAACAGCCUACUCCCCAAGAUGCCAACACCCAAGCCUAUGUGAGGCGAACCAACCCCCAAACACCCCUAAGUAUAUCGCCAAACCCAAGAUGAACCAACACCCCAAAGAACCCCACAAAACUUACCUCAAUUACCACAACAACUCCCACAAGACCCGUACCAACACCAAUUCCAAAACCCUCUUUAUGAUGAAAAAGUUGAAGAGGUUGCUCAAGAGAGAUGGUGGGAUAAACCACGAUAUGAAGGGUGACAUGGCUUUAUUUCUAAUCGGGGAAGAGGUAGGCAAGGGGGCUAUGAGAGGCCCUAAGGAUAUGAGGAGCGGGGUAGAUGGCAAGGUCGAGAAGAUCGGGGUAGGUGGCAAGCAUAUGAGGAUCGGGGUGAUCAUAAGAGGAAUUUGAAUACCAUGAAAGUGAGUCUUCCAACAUCCAAGUGAAGUAGUGAUCCGGAAGAAUUCCUCUAGUGGAAGCUCCAAAGUGAGAAUCUUUCUCACUAACAACAUUUCGGAUGCUUUAAAGGCAAAGUAUGCCCUCACCCAAUUUGAGGGGUACGCAUCCACUUGGUGGGAGUCCAAGAAGCGGGAAAGAGCUCAACAACAUAUCUAUGAUGUUCCUACUUGGCAAGGGUUGCUUAAGCUCAUGGAAGCAAGGUAUGUGACACCCAACUACUACCAAGGAGUUAUAAAGAAGGUGUACAUGCUAAGACAAGGUAGUAAAAGUGUAGAAGAGUACUUCGAUGAGUCCACGAUCGAAGAACACUUGAACUACACCGUGAUAAGAUUUGUAGCCAAUUUGAACCAUGAAAUCUCCAAACCAAUGAGGCUAUAAACUUACAGAAGUUUAGAGGAAGCUUUUCAUGAUGCUUCGAAGGUUGCAGCGGAUUUGAAAGAAGACAAGUCGUACAAGGCAAAGGUUGCUUCAUCUUCUACCUAGAGUAAAAAUAAAGACAAGUGGAAAUCUUUAUCUACAUGGGAAAAGCCCAAGACCACCACUCAAACUCCUCAACACAAAGUCGACUACAAGACUAAGAUAGACGGCAAGACAAACGGAGGUAACAAUGAUAAAACUAUUUUUUCCUCGUCCUUCUACCAUCCAAUGCUUCAAAUGCCAAGGUAGAGGACAUAUUGCAAGUGAGUGUCCUAAUAGGAGGUCAAUUGUGGCCUUGUAUGAUGGGUACCAUACCGAUGAGGAAGAAGAGGGUAGAGUUGAUAGUGAUGAUGAGGAAGAAAAGAGUGAGCAUGAGGGAGAUUCUGAGGGUAAUGAUGAGGAGAGGAUGGACGAAAGGGUAGACUUUGCUUGUGUAGUACGAUGAGCCACGGAUGCAAUUGUGAGGGAAGAGCUUGAUCAAAGAGAGAAUCGAUUUCAUGGUAGAUGCAAAAUAGGAGAUAGGUGUGUUCCUUCAUUAUUGAUGGUGGGAGUUGCACCAAUGCGGUGAGCCGAACCUUAGUGGAACAAAUGAAGUUUACUACAAGGAAGCAUCCUAGUCCUUACAAGCUCCAAUGGUUCAAUGAAUGCGGUGAAUUGAGGGUGACCAAGCAAACCGUUAUUAAGUUUAGCGUUGGUAAAAUUCAUGAUGAGAUGUUAUGUGAUGUUGUGCCAAUGAACGCUUGUCAUUUGUUGCUUGGGAGGCCUUAGCAAUUUGAUAUGGAUGCUCAACAUAGUGGAAGAUCCAACAAAUACUCGUUUGUGUUGGGAGGUCGAAAAUAUACCCUUGCACCAUUAACCCACUAUCAAGUUAGCGAAGAUUAUUGAAUCAUGAAGGAACUCUAAGAGAGAGUUCAAAGGGAGGAAAUGGAGAAGCAUGAAAAGGAGGCUUUACUUACCUAAGGAGAGAAAGUGUUGACACUUAAGAAUUCCAAAAUGUGCAUGGUUGCCAAGCCAAGCAAUUGUUUGAAAGCGGUUGAUGAGAGGCACUUCAUGGUGUGUCUUGUCAACAAAGAUCUUUUAUUGCAUAAUAACAAAGAUACUAGCACUUUUCCUAGUAUCAUGACUUCUCUUUUGUAGGAUUAUGAUGAGUUAUUUCCGGAAGAAAUGUCCAAGGGUUUGCCUCCAUUGAGGGGAAUCGAGCACCAAAUUGAUUUUAUGCCCGGUUCUCAAAUUCCAAACAAGCCGGCCUAUAGGAGCAAUCCGGAGCAAACUAAAGAGUUGCAAAGGCAAGUUGAGGAGCUCCUUAGAAAGGGUCUUGUCAAAGAAAGUCUUAGUCCAUGUGCCGUUUUGGUGAUUCUAGUUCCAAAGAAAGAUGCACUUGGAUGAUGCGCAUUGAUUGUAAAGCCGUCAACAAAAUAACGGUAAAGUAUCGACAUCCUAUUCCUAGACUUGAUGACAUGUUGGAUGAGCUUUGUGGCUCAAGUGUGUUUUCUAAAGUUGAUCUUAGAAGUGGCUAUCACCAGAUUCGAAUGAACCCCGAUGAUGAGUGGAAAACAGCCUUCAAGACCAAGUUUGGUCUCUAUGAGUGGCUUGUUAUGCCCUUCGGCCUAACUAAUGCACCUACCACCUUCAUGCGGUUGAUGAACAAUGUUUUAAAAUCCUUUAUCAAUAAAUUUGUCGUGGUCUACUUUGUUGACAUCCUUGUAUAUAGCAAAUCUAUUGAAGAACAUGUGGGCCACUUGAGGCAAGUAUUUGAUGUCUUGUUGCGUAAAAGGUUGUUUGCUAAUCUUAAGAAGUGUUCCUAUUGCAUUGAUAAAGUGGUAUCUUGGGUUUUGUUGUUGAGUGUGAAUGGUGUGGAGGUUGAUGAAGAAAAGGUGGAAUUGAUUAGAACUUGGCCUACCUCUAAAAAUGCAACCGAUGUGAGGAGUUUUCAUGGGUUAGCAAGUUUCUAUCGGCGACUUGUGAAAGGGUUUAGUACCAUUGCAUUCCCCUUAACCGAGCUAAUUAAAAAGGAUGUUCCUUAUGUUUGGGGUGAUGCACAAGAGAAAGCACUCCAAGAGUUGAAGUCUAUGUUGAGUUCUUCUCCUUUGUUACAAUUACCUAAUUUUGAGAAGGCCUAUGAAAUUGAAUGCGAUGCCUCGGGAGUUGGUAUAGGUGGAGUAUUGAUGCAAGAGGGCAAACCAUUGGUGUUCUUUAGUGAAAAGCUAAAAGGGGCGUCGUUGAACUGCUCGACUUAUGACAAGGAGUUGUAUGUGCUUGUGAGAGUGUUGGCUCAUUGGCAACACUACUUAUGGCACAAAGAGUUCGUGAUUAGAUCGGACUAUGAAUCCUUGAAGCACUUGAAGAGUCAAUCGAAGCUAAACAAGAGGCAUGCAAAGUGGGUGGAGUUCAUAGAAACAUUCCCUUAUGUGAUCAAUUACAAGCGAGGCAAGGAGAAUGUAGUAGCAGGUGCUCUUUCUAGAAGAUUAGUAUUGCUCAACACCAUGGCUUCUAGAAUGAUGGGAUUUGAGAGUCUCAAAGGGUUUUAUGCCCAAGAUCCCGACUUCAAAGACAUUUGUGAGGAGUUGACUCAAGGGAAGAGGGUUGACCCGUUCCAAUUAGUUGAUGGGUUCUUGUUCAAGGAUUGUAGAGUGUUUGUUCCUAUGAGCUCAUAGAGAGAGCUAUUUGUCAAAGAAGCUCAUAAUGGUGGAAUGAUGGGACACUUUGAUGUGUCCCAGACGCUUGACAUCCUCAUGGAGCAAUUCUAUUGGCCCAAAAUGAAACAUGAUGUGGAGAAGCUUUGCGGACAAUGCUUGGAAUGCAAGCAAUCAAAAUCGAAGACUCGUCCUCAAGCAGGUCAGCAACUAAUGGCAAGGACAAAAUCGGUACCUGUUCCUAAAACUAAGAAAGGUAGUACGGGUGCCUCACAGGUAAACCAGCUGGAUGAAGAUAGUUGGAUAAUAGUCAAGAAGCAGAAAGUUACAAUUUUGGUCCCACCCCUACCUGCACCUAAGCAGUCCGUGGUGCAUAAUGCUGGAGAAAGCUUGCUACAUGUACCCACAAUUAAACCUAUUGAUACUCAACCAAAUCAAGUUGAGAUGCAUACUGAAGCACACGUAGUUUGUGAAAGGGAGGUGCCAAAGUCCUUGGCACCUGAACUUGCUCUACCAACAGUUGUCAAAGUAGUUCCACAGACAAUUUCUCAGUUCCCAAGACCAUUGAGGCAAAGUGAGAGGGAGCGUUUAGAAAGUCGACCAAUGCCUAGUUUCAGAACUAAUAGAACCACUGGUGUUUGCUCCACCUCUAAGAUUACCAAGCUAUCAAUUAUCACUGCUGAUAGGGGUGCGAUGAUAAAUAAAAGAAUAAGAGCAAUUAAUCUUGAGCGCAAGCUUGAAAGUGCUGGAGGCUUGAGACGUUGGCUGGUUUCUAGGGGAUUUGAUCAUUUUGUCAAAAUCUUUCAGACCAAGAGCAUCAAUAAGUAUCAGUUGGCUAAUCUGACCAUGGAAAAGCUCAAGGAGAUGGGUUCACAUGCUGUUGGUCCUCGGAGAAAACUGAUACAUGCUAUUGACUGCCUUUGUCAUCCAUGCUGUUUAGACCAUCCGUGAUCUUACGAGAUGAGAUGCUACUACACACUGAUGAGGCAUGUGUAACAAGAGUUGUAAAUAUGCUGUAAAAUUUUCAGAUAUUUGAUUUGGUGCCACUUGCCUGUAGUAGUAUAACAGAAUGCAAUUGAACCACCUAACAGAAAAAUCAACCCCCCCUCUUCUAAGAAAAAAAAAUGAAUGUUGUUACGUCUGAAAGGACUCCAUGUCUAUCAAUUCACAUUUGAUGGUUAUUUUGGCAAA